AUGUCGCACCUUCCUCCAUGCCUUUCUCACUGGUUUCGUUCAGCUCCGUCUAAGACCUGUCCACAGUGUAGAAUACAGGUCAGUGCUAAACAGAUAAUAAGCAAAUUGUAUUUUGAUGUUGGAGGUGAAGAAUCUCAAUCUCCAGAUGCAGAAAGCUUACAGAAUGAACUGGACAGAUUGAAAGCCCAGCUGUCUAUGAAAGAUAAGGAGAAAAGAGAAUAUCAGUCUAUUAUUGACACCUUGCGAGACAGCCUUGAUCAACGAAAUGCAAUUAUUGAGUCGUUAAGGAAAGAGCUUGGCGAGUCAGAUAUGCUGUGCUCAGCCCUCAGAAAACAAUUGAAAUAUUUGGAGCAGCAGCAAGAUGAGUUCAAAGCUGCAAAGGAAGAAGCCCGCAGACUCCGAACCAAGAUGAAAACGAUGGAAAGUGUUGAAGCUCUUCUUCAGGCUCAGCGCCCGGAAGUGGAGGAGAUGAUUCAUGACAUGGGUGUGGGGCCAUCUGCAGUGGAACAGCUGACCGUAUACUGUGUCUCUCUGAAAAAGGAAUAUGACAACUUGCGAGAAAUUCAGAAGGCAUCUAGUGAUUUGACUGAGAAACUGAAGAGAGAACUGUUUGGUUCCAACAAUAAGUUGCAGAAAACAACAUUAGAGCUGAACAAAGUAAUGGAGGAUUUCCAAGCCAGUCAAGAAGAACUUCGAAAUACUGAUAAAGAAAUUAUGAGUUUAAAGAAAAAGAUCGAGUUUUUGCAGAGGAACUUAAGUACACCGUCUAGGACAAAUGAAGCUAUUAGCCGAUUGGUGCUUGAAAGCCCUGCACCACUAGGCAUAAAGCGACCCUGCCUGCGACCACCAGCAAACAGUGAUGAGAUUGACCUUAACAUGACUUUUGACAUUGAAACACCUGAGCACGUAUCUCAGAAAUGUGUGAUGUCACCAGCCAAGGUAUUGGCACUGGACGCUGCAAGGUCUGCAUCGUCAAUAUUACCCUUUAAACCUUUACAAGAAAAGAACAAGAAAAAGUCCAAAGAAGAUGAUGACGUGGUAUUCCCUAUCCUUUUCGGGAGUUCCAUGUUUAAGAAAAAGCAAUUUGGAAGCAUGCUUGAAGCACAAAAAAAUUCUGGGAUGGUCAGAACUGGUUUUGAUGGCUUGGGCGGGAGAACAAAAUUCAUCGAACCUACCAACAUGACAGAGAUUCGGCCUUUAGCAAUGAAAGCCAAGAGGAAAAAAGUAUCAAGGCCGGUGGCUUCUGCUUACAUGGUUGCACAGCCCAAGCUCGACAGUUUUCUUAAGAAAGGAGAAGUAGACCCAGACUACAGCUGUGCAAACAGAGAGUUGGACCUUUUACCUCAGUCUCCGGGUUGGUAACUAUCCUCCUCAUUUCCUGGUGAAAGAAAAUCAGGCUUGUGUAUGACUGGAGUCAUGAGCCACUAGUUAGAACGCAUCUGGAACCAGAAAAUUGCAUCUCACAGCAAAACUGUGGAGUACUGUUCUGUUAUCAGAAGGUGACUUAAUCCAUGUUCUGUCUGAAGACAUACCAUCUACUUAAAAGUCCAGCACUGCCACAUUUGUUUAGAGGGUUACUACUAAUUGGUGAGGGGCUUCUAGUCACCGCAGUGUGCAGCAAGAGUCAAAUAUUGCACAUAGCAUUUGGGGAGGGGGGAUGAUGCAGCUUUAAGCUGUCCUCGUGUCUUCAUUGGAGCUGAACAGUAUUUUAAAUGUUACAUACUGAAUAUUGACUCAUCAGAGACUAGGUUUUAUAUCAUUUGCCAUUCGUUAACCUAAACCUUGACUUUUGUAACAUAUUGUUCAAAUGUAUUUAUUGACUUUGAAUUUGUUCAUGGGUGCUGUUGACCUUAUUGACAUUAUUUGCUGGCAGCUCCAUUCAGAUGCCAUGUGUUACCAGCUUCCCUUUUUUUGCAACAGGGAUCUAAUCCGUAUGUGUUUGUGUGAGUAUGUUUCUCAUA